CGUCCAAAUUGGCUUGUCGUUUUUCCCCCUCGCUCGCGCUCUCUCGCGCUGUCAAGCUCGCGGCCCCCCUCGUCCUGCGCCACGCGCCCGUCCACAACGAUGCUGUCCUCGCGCUGAAGCUCCGCGGCUGGACGCAGCGCUCGAGACGCGCGCGCGCAUCUGCUUUUUUCUGAACGCGAGGGAUCCGGAUUCGAAACCGUUAGCGUGAAGGCGCCUCGCGUUUCUGCCUCUUCGGUCGGUGAACGGGUGAGGGAUAAAGCCCGACUCAAACCGCCGAGAUCUUAUUGACACCGAGGCUGUUUUCGUUUUUUUGACGGGGAACCGUGUUUCAAUCCCAAUCCGGAGACCGCGGCUUUGUCACGGGGGAUUAAAAAGACUGUUUUGAGGUUUUUGGUCAUCCUGCAGGUUUGCCGUGGUCGCCGAGCGCAUCCGUUCCCGUGUCUUCUGAAGAUGUGGUGUGUGUGUCAGAGGAGAACUCCAUGGCUCUAAAGAAUGUAAGACAGAGCUCUAGCAGCCGGUCAGAGCAGAUGUCAGUGGGGCCAUCGGGGGACAUGUGGUCGACACACCUACUCUUCCUCUUCGCAUUCUUCACACCCGUCAUGCUUGUGUUGAGUCGUGCUCCUGUGCCAAUGGCCGUGGUUCGUCGUGAGUUGUCAUGUGAGGGUUACCCCAUCGAGCUGCGCUGCCCUGGCACUGACGUCAUCAUGAUCGAGAGCGCCAACUACGGACGCACAGACGAUAAGAUCUGUGACUCAGACCCUGCUCAGAUGGAGAACACCCGCUGCUAUCUGCCAGACGCAUAUAAGAUUAUGGGCUUCAGAUGUAAUAACAGGACGCAGUGUGCAGUGGUCGCAGGUCCAGAUGUUUUUCCUGAUCCUUGUCCUGGAACAUACAAGUAUCUGGAAGUUCAGUAUGAGUGUGUGCCAUACAAAGUGGAGCAGAGAGUCUUCCUCUGUCCAGGCAUCCUGAAAGGUGUGUACCAGAGCGAGCAUCUGUUCGAAUCGGACCACCAGUCGGGAUCAUGGUGCAAGGACCCAUUGCAGUCAUCCAACAAGAUCUACUACAUGCCCUGGACCCCGUACCGCACGGACACGCUGACUGAAUACUCGUCUAAAGAGGACUUCAUAGCGGGCCGUCCCACCACCACCUACAAGCUACCCCACCGGGUAGACGGUACGGGUUUUGUGGUAUACGAUGGUGCACUCUUCUUUAACAAGGAACGAACUCGAAACAUUGUUAAGUUCGACCUGCGAACACGCAUCAAGAGUGGAGAGGCCAUUAUCGCCAACGCAAAUUACCAUGACACCUCACCCUACCGUUGGGGAGGGAAAUCCGACAUUGACCUGGCGGUGGACGAAAAUGGUCUGUGGGUCAUCUAUGCCACUGAGCAGAACAAUGGUCGAAUUGUGGUCAGCCAGCUAAACCCCUACACCCUCCGCAUCGAAGGGUCAUGGUACACAACGUAUGACAAGCGUUCAGCCUCCAACGCUUUCAUGAUCUGUGGUGUCCUCUACGUGGUCAAAAGUGUCUACGAAGAUGACGACAACGAGGCAUCUGGGAACAAAAUUGAUUACAUGUACAGCACGGAGAAGAGCCGUGAGACGCACAUCAACAUCCCCUUCCCCAACUCAUACCAGUAUAUUGCAGCUGUGGACUACAACCCGCGGGACAACCUGCUGUACGUCUGGAACAACUACCAUGUCGUCAAGUACUCGCUGGAUUUUGGGAACAACGACAUCAGGCUGGGCCUCGAUCCUCCCUCCUCAGUCUUGCUUCCUGAUCAGCUGCCACCAUCACGGAGCUCCACGUCCCGCCCUCAUCCUUACACAGGAACACUCCGGCCCUCACUCACCACCACCACUACCACUACCAUGGCUCCACCCCGUCGCCGCGAUGACGACAACUUCCUCCCUGAGGCCUUGACUCGGCCCCCUCCCUCAGUCCAGACACCUGUUGUCAUUGACUACUGCUCCCCUCGCGUGACUGCCGAAAUCUCCUGGCCCCAGACUCACCAGGGACAGGUUGCCAAGCAGCCAUGCCCACCAGGCACCAUAGGCGUUGCAACGUUUACCUGCAUGAUGGGCUACUGGGACCUGAAGGGGCCAGACAUGAGCAACUGCACCUCGCCGUGGACCAAUCACAUAACUCAAAGAAUGAGGUCCGGGGAGACAGCCGCUAUAGUAGCCCGUGAGCUGGCUGAGCAGACGAAGGCAGAGUUGCGUCCAGGUGACGUUCCCUCCACAGUCAAAGCCAUGGCACAGCUGGUGGAACUACUUGAUGUUCAGCUUCGGAAUCUCACACCUGGGGGAAAAGAUACAGCGGCCCGUAGCCUUAACAAGCUUCAGAAGAGAGAGAGGUCGUGCCGAUUCUUCCUUCAGGCCAUGGUGGAGACAGUGAAUAACCUGCUGGAGUGGCGUUCUCAGGCUGCGUGGAAAGCUCUGGCGGUCAGUGAGCAGCUGCGCUGUGCCACCAUGCUGCUGGACACAGUGGAGACUGGAGCAUUCAUGCUGGCCGACAACCUGCUGAAGACUGACACCAUACAGGAGAGCGCCAAAAACAUCCAACUGGAGGUGGCGCGACUGAGCACAGAUGGUGACCUGGAGGACCUGACUUUCCCUCAGUCGGAAUCUUCCGGCAACUCCAUUCAUCUCUCGGCGAACACUCUCAAACAGCACGGCCGCAACGGUGAGAUCCGCAUGGCUCUGGUGCUCUACAAGAACCUGGGCCAGUAUCUGUCCACAGAGAACGCCAGUGUGCGAUUGGGCAGUGAAGCUGCUUAUCCAAACCACUCCCUCAUCGUCAACUCACCUGUUAUAACAGCAGCCAUUAACAAAGACAGCAACAAGGUCUACCUGUCUGAACCCGUGGUAUUCACCGUCAGACACCUACAGCAGUCGGAGGAGAACUUCAACCCCAACUGUUCGUUCUGGAGCUACUCCAAGCGGACCAUGACAGGCUUCUGGUCCACACAGGACUGCAGGCUGCUCAGGACCAAUCGCACUCACACCUCCUGCUCCUGCACACACCUCACCAAUUUUGCUGUGCUCAUGGCCCACGUGGAGGUCAAGAAGGCAGAUCAGAUGCAGAAGCUGCUGCUGGAUUUGAUCACCUGGGUGGGGAUUUUGCUCUCACUCGUCUGUCUGCUCAUCUGUAUCUUCACCUUCUGCUUCUUCCGCGGCCUGCAAAGUGACCGCAACACCAUCCACAAGAACCUCUGCAUCUCGCUCUUCAUCGCCGAAACGCUCUUCCUCACUGGCAUCCACCGCACCGACCAGCCGAUCGUGUGUGCAGUGUUUGCUGCCCUGCUGCACUUUUUCUUCUUGGCGGCAUUUACAUGGAUGUUCCUGGAAGGCGUGCAGCUUUACAUCAUGCUGGUGGAGGUUUUUGAGAGUGAAUACUCACGCACUAAAUACUUCUACCUCACCGGCUAUGGAGUACCUGCCCUUAUAGUGGCCGUGUCCGCUGCUGUCGACUACCGCAGCUACGGGACGGACAGAGUGUGCUGGCUUCGGUUAGACACUUACUUCAUCUGGAGCUUCAUUGGCCCUGCAACUCUCAUCAUCAUGCUGAAUGUGAUUUUCCUGGGCAUUGCACUUUACAAGAUGUUCCACCACACUGCUAUUCUGAAACCAGACUCUGGUUGCCUGGACAACAUCAAGUCAUGGGUGAUAGGAGAUAUAGCCCUGCUCUGUCUGCUGGGCCUAACCUGGGCUUUUGGACUGAUGUACAUCAAUGAAAACACUAUGAUCAUGGCCUACCUCUUUACCAUCUUUAACUCGCUGCAGAGCAUGUUCAUCUUCAUUUUCCACUGCAUCCUACAGAAGAAGGUGCGUAAGGAGUAUGGCAGGUGUCUUCGUACACAUUGCUGCAGUGGAAAGAGUGUGGAGUCGACUAUCUCCACAUCCACCAAGACCAGCACAGCGCGGACACCUGGACGCUACUCCACCAACUCACAGAGUCGUAUUCGGAGGAUGUGGAAUGACACUGUCAGGAAGCAGUCUGAGUCAUCCUUUAUCACUGGAGAUAUUAACAGCUCAGCUACUCUAAACAGAGGUACCAUGGCUAACCAUCUCAUCUCUAAUGCACUGUUGCGUCCUCAUGGCACUAACCCUUAUAACACACUGCUGGGAGAGUCUGCUGUAUACAAUAAUCCGUCUGCAAACAUGUUCAACACUCAAGCCUCCUACAGAGAUUCAAAGGGCAUGCUGAACAACGCGCGUGACUCCAGCGUCAUGGACACGCUGCCGCUCAACGGUAACCAUGGCAACAGCUAUGGCAUGGCGGCGGGCGACUACCUGACAUACAGCUCACGCAGCAGCGAGCCGCCCACCACGCUGGAGAAGAAGAUUCUGAAGGAGCUGACAGCCAACUACACAGCACCGUACCUGAGUGCACCAGAGCGUCAGGGCAACCCCAGCGCCAAGCUCAGCAACCACAUGGCCAACGGGGGCGUGGCCAAGGAUGACGUCAUGGUGCUGGACAACCCUGGUGCCUUCCAUCGCCAUGACGAUGGCGGUGGUGGAGGUGGCCUGAGCUUGGAGAUCAUCCGGGAAGAAUCACAGGCUCCUCUCCUGCCUCCACGGCCACCACCCCCUGACAGCCAUGCCCCACCCACUUUGCACACCUUCUCUGCCCACCGGCGUGUGCCACAGGAGAACAGCGAAAGCUUCUUCCCUCUGCUGCCCAACGAGACGCUAAACCCCAUAAGAGACUCUAUCUACACCAGCAUGCCCACGCUCACCGACCUGCCACGUGGCACGGAAGACCUCAUCAACGGUCUCCACGACGAUGAAGAUGACGAUGACGAGGCUGAGGAAGAGGAGGUGGAAGAAGGGAGCGAGCUGCAGCUUCAGCUGGCCAACGGCAAAGGGGUCGUUGUGGACUCAGAUGACGUGUACUACAAGAGCAUGCCGAACCUUGGCUCACGGAACCACAUACAAGAACUGCAGAGCUACUACCAGAUGGGUCGGGGCGGCAGCGACGGCUUCAUCGCCCCGCCUGAAAAGGACGAAUCAUCGCCUGAGGAGCAGCCGCAAGACCCCUCGCACCUGGUCACGAGCUUAUAGAGCUCUGUGUGAUGAUGCAACGCACAAGGCACGGGAAAAACACUACCUACUGCACUGAUAGAUCCCACUGAUAGAGGCUGAUAACCAGAUAGCUUACCCAAAACCAAUAAAGACCAGUACCCGAUACAAGUUAGCACUAGCAACCAGUACCCGUUAGGGCCAGUAACUGAUUUCAGUACUAGUACCAGUACCAGUAAACCAUCUCCACUGAGCAAAUUUACUGUGGUUUGUGUAACUGCCAUGCACAACAAGAAGCCCCUAGUUCAAGGAGGGCUUGAUAAACCCCUUUUUUGUGUAACCACUUGGAUCCAGCCAUUUUGAAUAGCUUGGCAAACCUACCUUUCGGAUAUGACCGGCACAGAACCUUCUGGUGGACAUGGCGGCCACGGAUUCCAGUCAGAGAAACGUCCAUCCUUGCAUCACUUUGCUCCAUAACGACUUUUGUCCAAAAGCUCUCUGGGUAUCCUUCAACCUCCUUAUGGAUUGCUCCAGUGUCAAAUGCAUAUGAACUGAUAGCAACAGACUAAUUGCCAUUUUAGAUUAUGUACGUUGAUAAGACACCAACCUGGACCUUGAACCUUGAACUGUAGUUUAUCUACCCACAAAAUAUCCAUAACUCUCUCGACUUCGGGUGACGACUCUCAGCUGCACACAUUCCUUCCUGUUUAGCACCAUUACUGUUUCCAAGUAUGAAGUCACAACAAACCAUCUAAUCUUGAGGAAUUUGAGGAAGCGUUCUUUUUUCUUAUGUUUAUUUUUCUGUAAUAAUAUCAGUUAUUGAGAGGUAAUACGCACUAAUAACAAAGAAAUGGGACAGAUUUCUAUGUAAAAUGUACAGACCCCGUUGCAUUGCAUAUGAUGAUGCGUCUCACAUUUUUUGAUAUACUUUUCCCUGCGUAUGUGUUUGUGUAGAACUUAGACCAAUCCAGAAACUGUGCUGGUCCUCCGUACUAUUACCCCCCCAUAUUACCACUAGGAGUGACCAACCCACACACACACACAUACAUACACACAUUCACACAGAAAUGCAAACACCAACUUCUUAUUUAUAACCAAAUAACACAACACUGACACUCUUCUUGUUUGAGGCAUCAUCACCAUGAUUUUGUUUCCGAGGCAGAACUCUCUUUCUGUUUCCACACUUUGUCAAUCUUGUCCACAAAAAGAAACGACAGCAGAAAGAACAGCAGGUUGAGCGCUCCUAUCCCAAAUGUCCACAGAUUCGAAUACUGAUCAUAUCAUAACAGUAGGGGUCGACUGGAUGCCCUACAGCCAGUCUAAAUUGGCAUCAUCCGAUGUCUGUUUUAAUAUAUUCACCUAGCAGUUCACUCUUGACAGGACAAGAAGAUGGAAAGGUAAGAGUGUGUAGGGACAGGUGCCCCACAAGGAUGAGUGGAAAGUGUAUAAAGUAUGAAAGCUUUCUCCAAGUACAUGAACAGGCUGUUAAGAUAAGACCUAAUUUUGUGCUGUUGGGACAGAAGCAAGAUUUUUUUCCCCAAAUCUACAGUUUACUGUUUCUCAAAAUGAAAUGAUUCUUGUAGCUUGCACAUCUACUUCCUUUAUUACCCAGAAAACAAUGACUGAAUAUCUAUCCCCAUGAGGUGCUUUCACAGAUCUGAAUAAUCGUCGGAUCGUUGGUAGAGGAGAGGAGAGAUUUGAAAAAAUCGGCACUGAGACCUUUUUUUAUCAUUAUGAUUAUUAUUAUUACCAUCAAUAUUGUUAUUAUGAUUAUUAUGAUAUCUAUGGAAUUAUUAUUUAUUCUUUUCAUAUGCAUUCUAAAUUGAAUGAACUCAUAACUAAUAUUUGUUGUAACAGUGAAAGUUGUUUGCCAACAAAUAAAAUGACUGAAUUAAUAUUUAGAA